AUGACUCGGUACGGGGGCCUGGGGAGGACGCGCCCUAAAAAGCUCACCUCCAAGGCAUCCAUCCCCGUCGUCCGCGAGUCAGAAAUCGAUGUAAUCGACGAUGACACCCAGAGCGCGCUACAACAGAUCGAAACCGGCGUGGAAAAAGCCGAGGAAUCGGAAAUCCAUCUGCAACGCGCAAUCAAUGCCACUGCCCAGGGCAAACCUGCGACGUACAUUCGCUUCUCCUCGACUGUUGAGGAUUGCUGCGGAUGUCCAUAUAAUAUGACGGAGGAGGAUGAUGUCUUCCUGAAGAUCAUGAACCAGAAGCGCGAUCCAGCUGCUGAACGGUGCUCGGAAGACAUCUUUGAAGAGGUCAUGAAUUUCUUUGAAGAGACGGCGCAGAUAAAGCAGCCAUACGCAUCAAUCGACAAUCCACCAGUGUUGUCUUUUGCGGAAAUGCAAGACAUGAUGGAUGCCACAUUGGAUGAUCAUGCGAAGCUCUUCGCCAAGGAUAUCUACGAGCACUGGAAGACGCGUCGCACUGCGGUGCAGAACAACCCACUGGUAGCGCAGCUCAAGUUUGAAACUGGUCAAGACACUGAUGACAGUGAUCCAUUUGUCUGUUUCCGUAGACGGGAGGUACGCCAGAUUCGCAAAACCCGCGGUAGAGAUGCGCAGAGUGCCGAAAAGCUCAGACGGCUUCGCAAAGAGCUGGAAGAUGCUCGCGAGCUCGUCGCUUUGGUGCGCCAGCGUGAGAUCGCUCGGAAGGAAAUGCUCGUCAUGGAGCGGGUCCUCUUCCAGCAACGUUCUGAGGUUAAGGAGAUGAAGCGCAAGCUCAACAUCAAGGACGAUGAUGAAGACCUCAUCAACCAAAAGCCGAAGAAGAGAGUGCUCGAUAUGCCGCAACAACGGCCGAAUGUUCCUCAACUGCGUAUGCCAUUGAAGGCUGGACAGGGUGCAGAGGAUCUGCAACUCCUGGAGGAAGUCCAGGCCGAGAAGGAGAACGAGAUUCUGCGCGAUAUCAAGCAGAACAUCGUCAAGCACAUCAAGUGGAACGAGGGAUACGUGGACCACACCCGUGCUCCCCUUUCCCCGUCCCCGGAGAGAAGCUUCGACGUGGCCUCCUUCCGCCCUGCUUUCACGGCACAAUUGCCCACUCCUCCAUCAUCUGAAGCAUCUGGCGAGAUGGAAACCUCCUUAGACCUCACCUUCCCCAAAGAAAAGCUUGCCUCGCACGCCAUAGAAUUGCACGAAGAGCCACACCGUAUGCCCUCUUUCCGACGACGAGUUGGACGUGGUGGCCGAUUGAUGAUCGACCGUCGAAACAUGGGAGCCCGUAAAGUCGAUAUGGAUCCAUUCAAGGUUGACCGAUUCAAGUUCGACCAAGAAGAUUCAGACGACGAGCCUGACUAUGAGACGGAUGCAUAUAGCAUUCAGAUCAUGCAGCACCGGGCAAUCACCAUGGCCAAGGUACGCGCGGAACAGGCUGCAGUGGCUGCCCAGGCUCAUGCGCAGGCGCAGGCACAGGCAGCUCAAGCCCAAGCUCAAGCUCGACGACUGCAGGACCGAUCUGGUCAACAUCAGGGCCCGAGUCCUGGCCCGGGUGCAGCAGUGGCAGAGACAUGA